AUGCCUCUGACGGGCGUUCCCCUCCUCGAAUGCAUCUGCUGGGAUAAAGAUCGCUUCAAAAAGGACUACAUGGGCGAGUUUGAUAUUCCCAUCGAAGAUAUUUUCCCCAACGGCCAGAUACAGACUCAACCGCACUGGUACAAGCUGCACUCCCGUCGCCCGGCGAGCAAGAAAGGAAGCAAUGUGUCGGGCGAAGUCUACAUGCAGUUCUCUCUGGUCGACUCGGCCAACCCAUCCGCCAGUCCCGAAGAGAUUCGAAAGAAAUUCCAGGCCUACCUUGGAGCUGAAGAAGAGGACGACGAACUGUCCCGCGUCUCCUCCAAUCUGGACGAUCCCGGCAUGGACGACGAUCUAGAUCCCGAGGAUCUCGAUGAUGAUCAGGAGUCAGUCACCGAGAAUGAGUCUCCCCAUAAAUCGGCGCUUGUCGACAAAAAAGCCAAGAAGAAGAGGCUGGCCCGUCUGCGGCGCCGAUCCAUCGCUGCCAGAGCCUACAACUUCCUGGGAGACGACAACGAUGUCAAUGGCGUCCUCUUCAUGGAAGUCAUCAAAAUCACCGAUUUGCCGCCCGAACGAAACAUGACGAGAACAUCAUUCGAUAUGGAUCCGUUUGUCGUUGUCGCCUUGGGUCGAAAAGUCCUCAGAACGAAGGUGGUGCGACACAAUCUGAAUCCGAUCUACAACGAGAAGAUGGUUUUCCAGAUCAUGCGGCAUGAGACUGGCUACUCCUUGACGUUCAGCGUCAUUGACCGGGACAGCUUGUCGGGCAACGACUUUGUGGCUUCGACUUCAUUUCCCAUUCAGAAGAUGAUAGCCAACGCUCCUCAGGAGGACCCAGAAACAGGUCUCUACGAUCUGCCUGAGCCACCCGAGUACUCGCCAGCAGUACAGCAGAAAGGCCGCUUCCGGAUUCCACUGUCACGUACAUCAUCAGCUAGCAGCCUCUCCAAGUCGAGCCGUCCAGGCUUGAAGAAGGAGGAUUCGAAUGUGUCGUUGUCGAACCUAAGUACUCAUGAAGCACUUCGACCCCCUCCUCCAACGAGUAUGCCCUCGGAGAACAAUUCGAUUGGUUCAAAGGCCUCGGGCCUUGACCCUCCUGCCGCCCAGCCGGCGGACGAUCCGACAAUGACCUCGUACGUCAUUCCUCUGGAGCUGAAAAACAAAGAACGGUGGGAAGCCAAGCACAGUCCGGAACUGCAUCUUCGAGGGAAAUACUUGUCUUACAAAGCCCUGCGACAGCAGUUCUGGCGGGCCAUGCUGAAGCAGUAUGAUGUGGAUGAAAGCAGGAGAAUCAGUAAGAUCGAGUUCACUACCAUGUUGGACACGCUGGGCUCCACCCUGAGGGAAUCCACCAUCGACGGCUUCUUUAGGAGAUUCGCCGCAGAAAAUGAAGACAUUGGCGAGGUUGACCUGACCUUUGACCAAGCGGUCAUUUGUCUGGAGGAACAAUUACAGAGAAGUAGCCAGAAGAAGUCUCAACUGGAGAAAAUCAAAAGCACCGAGGUAUCCCAUGAUGUGAUACCAGAGAAUCCUCCAGUCAAUGCUGAAGUGCCCAACAUCCCGCAAGAGUCCACUGGGACACCUGGCGAGGAAGGCAGAUUACUAGGAAAUGAUCUGGCCGAAGAAGAAGCAGACGAAGAGCAUGUCAUUGAGAUUCGUGAGUGUCCGAUCUGCCACCAGCCGAAACUGAACAAACGCACCGAAGCCGACAUCAUAACCCACAUAGCUACCUGUGCUAGCUCUGACUGGAGACAAGUCAACAACUUGGUCAUGGGUGGCUUUGUGACACAGAGCCAAGCUCAGCGCAAGUGGUACUCCAAGGUCAUCACCAAAAUCAGCUACGGAGGAUACAAACUCGGCGCUAACAGCGCGAACAUACUUGUCCAAGACCGCAUUACUGGACAGAUCAAUGAGGAGCGAAUGUCGGUUUAUGUUCGCAUUGGUAUCCGCCUGCUCUACAAAGGCUUGGGGGCUGGGGAGAUGGAAAAGAAGCGAAUCAAGAAGAUGCUCAGGUCAUUAUCCGUCAAGCAAGGCAAGAAGUUCGACGAUCCUGCCUCGGCUGCUCAGAUCCCAGGGUUCAUUGCUUUCCAUCAACUCGACAUGUCGGAAGUUCUGCUGCCAACUUCCGAGUUCAGGAACUUCAACGAGUUCUUCUAUCGCGCUUUGAAGCCUGAUGCCCGCCCAUGCAGUGCACCCGAUCGACCAGAGAUCAUCACCUCUCCAGCCGAUUGUCGCUCUGUAGUCUUCAACACGAUUGAUGAUGCCAGACGCAUAUGGGUCAAAGGCAGAGACUACAGCCUUGAGAAACUGUUUGGUGACGCAUAUCCGCUUGAUGCCAAACGAUACAAAGGUGGUAGUAUGGGCAUUUUCAGACUUGCUCCUCAAGACUAUCACCGUUUUCACAUCCCGGUUGACGGUGUUCUGGGGACGCCAAAGGCCAUCGAAGGAGAAUACUAUACGGUCAACCCAAUGGCUAUCAGAUCGGCCCUGGAUGUCUACGGCGACAAUGUCCGCGUUUUGGUGCCUAUCGACUCCGUCGCGCAUGGUCGAGUCAUGUACGUAUGUAUAGGCGCCAUGAUGGUCGGGUCGACGGUCAUCACACGAAAACCCGGCGAGCGAGUCAAGCGAGCUGAAGAGCUUGGAUACUUCAAGUUCGGAGGCAGUACGAUCCUGCUGUUCUUCGAGCCGGGAAGGAUGGUGUAUGACGAGGACCUGGUUGCGAACAGUAGCGGAGCGUUGGAAACACUGAUCCGCGUAGGCAUGUCCAUCGGUCAUUCGCCGAACGCGGAACCACACAAGCCGGACAUGAAAAAGGACGAAGCAAAUAUUACGCUGAAAGACAGGCAGGAGGCUCGUCGCCGGAUUGAAGGUAGCCUCGCACCUGAGAUGGACAACAUGGGUUUGCUACCGGACGACACGGACGUGGGAGACGCAGCGGGAGAUGCAACGGGCGGCAUGAGCUCGUUGAAUCCGGCAAAUCUGCAAUGA